UGACUAACUUGCGUAAUGCAACUAACGAUUCAGGGACGUUCAUCUGGCAACGUCAUGCAAGUACCGCUACAUGUCGUGCUGCUCCUUACAUUCACUUUAAGAGGACAAUUCGCGGAGGAAAUUUGGGAGCAAGAUUUGUCCAUGGACAUGCAAAUUGGAGCUUCCACAAAAGGAUAUGAUCUGGUCGCCUUACGCUGUGGGGCAGAAAAUAUGGUAGUGGGUCUGCAAACAUCGGAAAAUUUUUCAGGUGUGAUAUACACACGAGGUAGCUUCUAUUCCAGACAACCUUCGUGUUUCUUGAAUCCCGAUCAUGGUGGAAAUUUCACUAUGACUAUUCCCUUCAACCAGUGUGACACAGAAAAUGUUGAUAACAAAUAUCGGAACACCUUGGUUCUUCAGCAUGACGAUGAGCUAAUUACUCCUGGUGACGCUGCUUUUGUCUUGGAGUGUGACUUUUCCAAGCCCAGAGACCUCAUAGUGUCAGCAGAAUUGCCUGAAACUGAUAAGAAAGAGGUAAGAUCGAGUAUAUCUCUAGUGGACGCCGAUCCAGGAAGAGAUAAGACGAAGAGGUCUAGGUACGUGGAGAGCGACACCAACGAAGUUGUCUUUGUGCCUAACUCGGUCAUCAAGAUUAACGACGAGUUAUAGAUCAUUGUCUAAUACAUUUUGUAAUAAAGCUUACUUCUAUUUUUAAAUUUUGCUUCAAACUAUCUAAUAUAAUUAUAAUAUAAAUAUUUAAUAUAAAUAAAUAUAAUCUAUUAUAAAUA